AUGGAAAUGAGCACAUCUUUGACGACCAAACUUGAAGUGCUGUCCAAUCGAGUGGUGAAGGAAUCGUUGCACCGCUUGACGACACUGACCCUCACACUAUGCGGACUAAUUAUGGCGGCACUGGUAUCCGGGGUACUCCUAUUCCUGUACAGACGAAACGCUAAGUUCCGCGAAAAGCUUCAGGGAUUGACGUCGAGACUGGACUUGGAGGCCACCGAAGACUAUCAGGAUUUGUGUCGACAGCGUAUGCAAAGCAAGUCUAAUGAGAAACAGGAGCCAAUCCAAGUGACGCCCACUGCGGGCACUGGCGUUCACUCGGGCAAACUGGUGAGCAAACUGUCCCAGUCUAGUGAUGGGGCACAGGCCAGCCCUCCCAGCAGGUCCUCCACAUCAUCCUGGAGUGAGGAACCUGUGGCUUCAAACAUGGAUAUCUCGACCGGACAUAUAAUUUUGGUGAGUUUGUCAGACAAGUGUUGUGAGCACUACUCGCCUUCCUAUAUGGAAGACCAUCUGAAGAAAAAGGAUCGUCUGGAGAGGGAAUGGGAGGCGCUGUGCGCUUACGAGGCCGACCCCUGUUCUACAACAGCGGCCGGUGUGCCAGAAAAUGCUAAGAAAAAUCGUUACCCCGAUACCUUGCCGUACGAUCACUCCCGGGUCAUCCUCAACGACUUGGCCAACAUUUCCGGCUCUGAUUAUAUCAACGCUAAUACUAUCACGGAUCACGACCCCAGAAACCCGGCUUAUAUUGCAACACAAGGACCCCUUCCACAGACAGCCCCCGACUUCUGGCAGAUGGUAUGGGAGCAAGGUAGUGUCAUAAUAGUCAUGUUGACCCGACUCAUGGAGAACGGUGUGGCGAUGUGUCACCGGUAUUGGCCUGAAGAAGGCAGCGAACUCUACCACAACUAUGAGGUGCAUCUGGUGUCUGAGCACAUCUGGUGCGACGACUAUCUCGUGAGGAGUUUCUAUCUGAAGAACCUGAAGACCAGCGAAACCCGUACAGUGACUCAGUUCCACUUCCUGUCGUGGCCCGAGAAUGGAGUUCCUCCCAACGCUAAGGCCAUACUUGAGUUCAGGAGGAAAGUGAACAAGUCUUAUAGGGGCCGGUCGUGUCCUAUCGUAACGCAUUGCAGUGACGGAACUGGUCGGACGGGCACCUAUACGCUGAUUGACAUGGUGUUGAACCGUAUGUCUAAGGGGGCCAAAGAGAUCGACAUCGCGGCCACUUUGGAGCACAUCCGCGACCAACGUAUGGGAAUGGUUCAGACGAAGGCUCAGUUCGAGUACGUGCUGACAGCUGUGGCCGAGGAGGUUCAGGCCAUCUUAAAGGCAUUGCAACAGAACUGAAUGCCAUAGACAGCCACUGACAGCCCCAACACAUACACACACCACCCAUACAACAACUACACAACUAUUUAUUAUAUAACCACAAAUACAACCAUUCAAUCCCACGGCUGACAAAUAAUGUUCAUAUUUUGUUUGAAUGCUUUCUAUUAUUCUUUUAUGAAUAUCUAUUCAAAACAAAUUAAGUUAUAUUUUUCUAAUGUUAGCCACGAUUCUCGUUUCUCUCAGUCUCUCACUACUCUCCCUCCCUGUCUCUCACUCCUGUCCACAGCUUUUAUGUCUCGUAGCAUUUACUUUCAAUUCACUUAUUUAUGAAUUAUUGAAAGCAUUGGAAAAUUCAAUUUUAGUAACAGAUUUUAUUUUGAGUAGUGUUUUAUUGAUCUCAUUCUGUAAUUCUUGACUUGAGUUUAACUUUUUAUUAUUUAUUUGAAUUACAAGAAUAUGUCGACUCUAUAUUUAUAGAUCUUUUAAAUAAAUUAAAAAUACCUCAUAUUUCAAUGAAAUACAUACUACGAGACGAGACAAACAAGAAUUGUUACUGACUUUCAAAUCAUUAUAUAUAAUGUAAUCUGAAUAAUAGUACACAGUAUUACUUUUAUUUCCCGAUAUUUUAACCUUAACUGAGUUUCUAUAACUCAUAUCAACUGCUAGUAUGUUAUGAAUGUCUGAAUUGAAAUUAAUAAUUACUUUAUUUUUAAAUUAAAUAAUAAUAUCACUGUAAAUGCGGAAAUAGAAAUUAUUACUUAAAAAAUAUUUUUAAAUGUAUUAAUAAUCACCAAUGGAUAGGAUCAGAAAUUCUCGUUUAUAACUAUUUUUAAUAAAAUUUUAUAAAUUAUCCGCAAAAACUUUACUUCUAUUUGAGGUCUAAAGCCCAUUAUUAUUUAAAAUACAAACUAUGAUAACAUUAAAAUUAUAUUCAAAAUUAUUUGGUAAUAGUUAUAAAACAAGAAUUUCUAAACAGUAUUUGCUUUUGAAAUAAAAUACCAAUUCCUUGAGUAAUAUAUGAAAUCUUAGCGAAUAAGUGAUUUAAUAAUAAAUGAAAUCUUAUUAUAUCUCAAAUGCUUUAUAUAAUUAAUACCAGAGUCUAUCACUAAUAAAUGGUUUUUGAGUAAUGAUUUCUAUUUCCACAUAAGCCCUGAUCCGUACCCCAAAUCUGUAUUUUCUAUUAAUGGGUACGGAUUUGGAAUUACAGCUUAUUUUACAAUUUUUCAAAUAUUUAUUGUUUUAAACAUUAAUAGUGUUUUUGGUGUUAACAACAAAUAAAAUUCUAUAAAUUCAUUACAAAUUUUAUGUGUUUGUAAGUUAUGGUGAGUUAUUCGCAACAAAAACUAAAAGUUAUAUUUCAUUAUUAUUAUUAGUGUUAUUAAUACUAUAAGAGUUAGCCAAUAUAUAUAUUUACUAGUACUAAAUCAUUUAAGCUUUUAUUUAUGAGACGGGUCAUCUCAGAGAAAAAAACAUAAUCUGAAAAUCCAAUUCCUAGCGAUUAGGGCAAUGGUUGCGGACAAUGAUGUGUAGUGUCUGUGAUGUCCGCGACUACUGUGUUGUGAAACAAACAUUUAUUAUACAUUCAAAUGACCCAAAAACUGGAGCACUCACUGAUGGCUACAAUAAAUAAAAGUAUUGCAUCUCUUAUAUUAUAUUUUGCUAUAAUCUGACGAUAAAUAUAAUUUCCAAAAUCAAUACAAUUGAUAAAUGCCUUUCCAGUUGACGCGACAAAUGACACAUAGGUUUUUGUCAUCGAUUUAAUCAAAUUGUGUUUUUGUUUGUUAUGACUUUUUUAUGUUUUAAUUGUAAAACAUUGUAAUUAACAAAAUUAUUUAUUAUAACAAAAAUAAUUUAUUAACGUUUGAUUUAUGGAUAAAUUUUAUUGAUACAAAUAAUGAAUAUUUUGGCCAAACAAACAAAACAAAUGGCAAAUGAUAUCACUUAUUAUGCUAUGAUUUUAAGCACAAAUUGUUAUACUUAUAUAAAGUUUAUUGUAUUGAAAUACUUCUAACAAAUUAAUUUUUUUAGUUGUAAAAAACAAUUAUAUCAAUCAAAACUACUAUUUAUUAUAACAAAUGAAUGUAACAUUUAUUUCGCAUUUAAUUUACUCCCAUUUGAUGUAUCGAUUAAUGUAUGAGAAACUGAUUGACAUUUACUUAUAUUCAUAGUAUUAUAAU